AUGGGUGAGGGUCAAAGACCCUCCAGCUCAGUGAGCAAAAAGGAGUUGGAUGACGCCAACAAGAUCAACGCUCUCUCAAAGAAGUACAGUGCCGUGGGCGAUCUGAAGAGCCGCUGGCAGAACUGGUCCUCGACGAACACCGUCAACCAGAAGCUCAACCCCUUCAGUGAGGACUUUGACUAUGAAUACUCCAUGUCCCUACGCCUCCACAAAGGCGAGGAGGGUUACGGACGCCCCAAGGAGGACACCAAAACAACAGCCGAACGUGCCAGGCGAGCCAAGCAACACAUCCAUGGUGAGAUAGCCGACAUGUGCUAUGUGAUCAAGACUAUGAACGACCCAGAUCCGGACGGGAAGACCCACGUCACUUUCAGAGAACUGUUUGAUAGAUACGUACGCGUCUCUGACAAGGUGGUGGGGAUUCUUCUGAGAGUCAAGAGGCAUGGGAAGGUGUCGUUCGAGGGGGAGAUGCUGAGGCAAGGGCAGGAUGAUGGUGUUAUCAUCACCCUGUUGGUGUGA